AUGGAGCAACACAAAGUCAGGUAUCUAAAGCUGUCUCUUCAAAGAAGAAAAGAGUCAAGUGUAGAAAGAUAUGCUAUCCCAAUAAGACACUUAGAAGACAGGGCGCAGAAUUGUUAUGCUGAAGACAUCCAACUUGAUGAAGGUGAGUUCGUGCAAAUGUUGAUUCUUGAUGGUUGUUUUAUCAUCGAAUUUCUCCAUAAGUUUCAACACAUAGAAUGUAUGGAUGAAGAUGACCCCAUUUUCCAGUAUGGACAUAUACAAAGUCAUUUGCUUCAUGAUCUAAUGGUAUUUGAGAAUCAGAUUCCAUUUUUCAUCAUUGAUCUUUUGUUCAAAAUGAUAAGGAUCAAUAAUGAAGACAAUGUCAAUUCUCUAAUAUGGCCUUUACUGCAAAAUGGCAUUUUCCAAGUGCUAGAUCUUCCUGAAGUUCCCAUUAAUUCUCACCAUCUUCUUGGUAUCGUACAUCACAUCCAGUGUUCUUCCUUUGCAAUGAUAUUAUCUCAGAUGGAUUUUGGAAAUCCAGAUAAAAUGGUGAAUAUAAAUUCAGCUGUAGAGCUCAAAGAGGCAGGGAUUUCGUUCAAAAAGUCAGAAGUCUUUGCUGCCAUUGCAUUGCUUGUUCUCGCCAUCAUAGAAGCUACGUUUGCUAUUCUCUCAUACCGUAAUGAUCUGAAGAAUGGGAAUUGA